AUAAUAUGCAUAUAAUAAUAAUAAAAAAAAAAACAAAACUAAAAAAAUGCAUAAAAACACAUUAUAUAACACCUAACCUAGGAUGAGGUUUUCGUUUUGGCCAAUUUCGUUAGGGAAUCUUAAAAGCUAGUCUAUGAUCGCCACGGAUCUGUGAACUGAUUAGCGCGCAGCACUUGCGCAGAACCUCAGCGCAGAACGGCAUCUCCUGUCAAUCCUGUCAUACGAAUGUCAUUCUGUUAUUACCAAAUUACUUAUCUUCUUCAACACAUUCCUACCAAUCAAUAGUUUCCUAAAGCCUUUCCUAAAUUCUUAGUUGUUAAGUACUUCGAGCUCAUACAGUACAAGAAUAGCAGAUGUAAAAGCCGUCCAGUGUCGUUUAGGGGAGAGAUUUUGUUGCAAUUAUGACCAAUGCCACCACCCCUGCGCUCAACAGCACGGACCGCGACUGGACGCUGGACUGGUACUUCCACCCGCCGUUCUCCAUCGCCAAGCCCGGCGCCACCGUCUUCGUGGGCACCGUCAGCAUAGUGCACUCGCUGUGUCACAUCCCGCACCUGCUGAUGUACCGACGACUCGGUAUGUUCACGGCCUUCUGGAGCAUCGUAGGCCUGGGACUCAUAUUUGGAGCCAUACUGGAGGACGAGUGGCUGUAUGACAUCUGGAUCUGGUACUCGUGCGUGUACGUGCCCGUGAUGCUGGUCACCAUGUACGUCGUGCUCACGGGGGCCGUGUGGGCGCUCAACAUCCAGCCCCUGCGCGCCGUCUUCGCCACCGUCGCCAUCGUCUUCUACUUGUUUAUGUUCUACUGUAUCGUAUACGUGAUGAGCGAAAAGAGGAAACUAUUUACGACGACAACUACAACGACGACCACGACGUCGCCGUGCCCGCGGUGCCCGACCUGCACCACGCAGCGCUGCACCACCCCCUCAACCACCACAACAGCCCCCGAAACCCCCGGCCUUCGACUCAUCCAGUAUCUCAGCGACCGCGUCUGACCCGAUGCCCGCCACCCGGCCCGACGCCCGCCACCCGGCCCGACGCCCGCCACCCGGCCCGACGCCCGCCACCCGGCCCGGCGCCCGCCACUCGGCCCGACGCCCGCCACCCGGUCCGGCGCCCGGCGCCGACGGUGGUUUACCUCGGUUACCGCCGCCGGCGCAUUUUCAAGGAUCGCUUCUCAAUAAGAAUCAAAAUUCUCAAGAAGAACUGAUAUAACCUGUAACCGUUGGAAUUUAUUUACAACAAAUAGGUAUACUAAAAGCAAAACAUUAAAGAAUAUAUUAUUGACUAAA